AUGAAUGCACUUUUUGGGCUUUUCCUUCUGAUCUAUCUGAUGACUCUUACCACAAACCUUCUUAUAUUUUUCUUGGUCCUCACUGACUACCAUCUGCACAACCCAAUGUAUUUUUUUCUUGCUAACUUGGCAUCUCUGGACAUGGCCUAUUCAUCGGUGACUGCACCAAGGAUGCUCUAUGACUUGGUCACAAAAAGCCGAUCAAUAUCCAUUCCUGCCUGUAUAGCCCAAGUAUUUUUCUAUCUCUACUUUGCUUGCUCAGAACCUUUCUUGCUCUCAGCCAUGUCGUACGACCGUUACAUUGCCAUCUGCCGUCCCCUACAUUACAAACUAAUGAUGUCUUGGAGGGUCUGUGCUCGUAUGGUCUCCAUGGUCUGGGUUGUAGGAUGUUCUGUCUCAUUGGUUUAUACUUUACUUUUGCUCAGGUUGUCCUUCUGCAGAACUUCUUCCAUCCACAACUUCUUUUGUGACCUUCCACACUUAUAUCAGAUUACAUGUACUGACCCCUUCAUAAACAUGGUGGUCCUAUUCUUAGUAGGUGCUACUUUUGGAUUAGGAGCCUUUCUUUUGAACUUUCUUCCAUAUGUCUAUAUUCUUAGUACCAUCCUCAGAAUCCAUAAUAAGACUGCACACCUCACCGUGGUCUUCAUCUUUUAUGGCUCCAUAAUUUUUAUUUACUUUGUUCCCACUUCCAGCAAUAUGGUCAAUUUAAACAAACUGUUUUCAGUCAUAUCUGCCCUCAUUAACCCAUUGCUGAAUCCUCUGAUCUACAGCCUGAGGAACAAAGAUCUCAUGGAGGCACUUAGGAGGUCUUAUUAUCACCUAAAAUCAAUUCAGGUUUCCUGCUGA